AAAAUGACAGCUUCGCCAGAGCUUGUAACGGGCACCCCGAAGCCCGAGGAGCCAAAGAAGUUUGCUUUAGAGGCAGCUGAUAUUGUUGUGGUUGUGAUCUACUUCGUGUUUGUGUUGGCAGUUGGAAUAUGGUCCUCAGUCAGAGCCAACCGUGGGACAGUGGGUGGAUAUUUCUUGGCAGGACGAUCCAUGACAUGGUGGCCAAUUGGUGCCUCCUUGAUGUCUAGUAACGUAGGCAGCGGCCUGUUCAUCGGAUUAGCAGGAACAGGAGCGGCAGGAGGACUCGCGGUGGGUGGAUUCGAAUGGAAUGCAGUGUGGGUCCUCAUUGCCUUAGGCUGGAUCUUUGUGCCUGUGUAUAUUUCUGCUGGAGUCGUCACUAUGCCAGAAUAUCUGAGAAAGAGGUUCGGGGGUCAGCGCAUCAGAAUCUACAUGAGUGUGCUGUCUCUCAUUCUCUAUAUUUUCACCAAGAUAUCAACAGAUAUCUUUUCAGGGGCUGUAUUCAUCCAAGUAUCACUGGGAUGGGACCUGUACCUCUCUACUGUUGUGCUUCUAACUGUCACUACACUCUAUACUAUAGCUGGCGGUCUGACGGCAGUAAUCUACACUGACGCCUUACAAACUGUAAUCAUGGUAGUAGGAGCUUUUGUCCUCAUGUUUAUAGCAUUCGACAAAGUGGGGUGGUAUGAGGGUUUGCUGGAUCAGUAUGAGAAAGCAAUACCUGCUAUCACAGUUCCUAACACCACUUGUCAUCUACCUCGCGCCGAUGCCUUUCAUAUCUUCAGAGAUCCGUUAACAGGAGACCUUCCCUGGCCGGGCCUGAUCUUUGGGCUCACGGUUCUGGCCAUGUGGGUGUGGUGCACAGACCAGGUGAUAGUACAAAGGUCUCUGUCGGCCAAAAACUUGUCCCAUGCCAAAGGUGGUUCGGUACUGGGUGGAUACCUCAAGCUUCUCCCUAUGUUCUUCAUUGUUAUGCCAGGAAUGAUCAGUAGAGCGCUCUACCCAGACGAGGUAGGAUGUGUGGAUCCUGAAGAGUGCUUAAGGAUCUGUGGGGCCAGUGUGGGCUGUUCCAACAUUGCAUACCCAAAGUUAGUCGUGGAACUUAUGCCAGUAGGUUUGAGAGGCCUGAUGAUCGCUGUAAUAAUGGCAGCACUCAUGUCCUCUCUCACCUCUAUAUUCAACAGUAGCAGCACGCUCUUCACUAUGGACAUAUGGCAGCGUAUCCGGCCCUGGGCCUCAGAGAGAGAGCUCAUGGUGGUGGGCAGGGUGUUUAUUUUAUUGCUUGUGGCCUUGAGCAUUGUGUGGAUUCCAAUCAUUCAAACAGCCAACAGCGGACAGCUGUUCGACUACAUACAGGCCAUCACUAGCUAUCUGUCUCCUCCUAUUACUACAGUGUUCAUCAUGGCCAUCUUCUGGGGACGGAUAAAUGAACAGGGGGCGUUCUGGGGUCUGAUGGUUGGACUAGUGGUGGGGACGGUGAGAAUGGUGAUGGAUUUUGUGUAUGGCACCCCGUCAUGUGGAGAACAAGACCUGCGUCCUGCACUGCUAAAAGAUGUGCACUACCUGUAUUUUGCCCUUAUCCUGCUCGCACUGACGGCUCUGGUCAUCACAGCUAUCAGCCUUUGCACUGCUCCUAUUCCCAAACAACACGUAACUAUUUUAUUGCUUGUUCGUCUGACCUGGUGGACAAGACACAGCAAGGAGGAACGUGUUGAGCUGGAAGACCCCUGGGCCAGAGGGUCCAAUCCAGCAAGCUCCGAGCCCAGCACUACAGAGUCAGGAGGGAUGGAUGGAUCCACACCUGCGUGGUGGAAGCGUGCUGGAAUGUGGCUCUGUGGUAUCUCCAAUGUAGCAAAACCAGAGAUGAGUGAGGAGGAGCAGAAGGCUUUAGAAAAGAAACUCACCAAUAUUGAGGAACACCACACUUGGAAGACUGUCUCCAAUAUCAAUGCCAUCAUUUUACUCACUAUCAAUGUCUUUCUUUGGGGGUACUUUGCUUGAAUAUACAAUAAACUAUUAAUGACACCUUAUUCUUACCAGUAUUUAAAAACAUAUUUGCAAGAAUGUCUCCAAUGCAGUGGUUUUAUUUUAUACUGUAAUUGCUUCUGGUCUUGCUUAUAUGCAGGGCUGGGAAUAGGGAGGGAUAGAGCUCUGUUAAUGUCUCUUUAAUGAUCCCGGUUUUAAUGUAAACUCUGUCUGAUAAUGAUGUUACAUUUCUGUGGAUGGAACACCUUUUAAUAGAACACAAUACUGUAACCUCCCACACAAGCACGUAACAGAUACCCAAAACACACUGUAAUGUUUCUCAACAGAUACACAUUUCCACACAUACACAAACGAUGACACUUGCUAGCCCAAAUAUCUGUGUUGCUACCAUGAUGUUACUGAUUAGUUUCAACACACUUUGAGAAGAACAUCUGGUCCAGAACAUUCAGAAAGCUAGAACAUUCUCUACAAAAAAAAAGCAUUAACCCGAGGACAAAUUUAUUGUUAAAGGUUUUGUGACCUAUAAGGAAACAUAAAAUAAUUUUAAUGUUUUUUCAAACAACCCCCCCAAAAAGAAACAUUACAUUACAACACCCCAGUGAAUUUCUGCCUUUUCUAGCUCUGCAUAUAUGCAAAAAAGUUUAGAUUGCAUUAAACAUAAUUUUGAGGUCUUUUAUGUCGUAUUUGGUGUACUUUUAGUUUUUCAACACUACAAACAUUUAAACAAAAUACAACUAACGACAUUUGUAAUAAAAAAUUAAACUGAAACCGGAAGUGCUUCUUGGCCAGUGUUUAAAUAUUGCGAAGUGGUGUAAUGAGUAGGGAUGUGUAACGAUUCACCGUGAGCCGGUUGAAAAUCGGUUAUAAUGAGUGACGAUUCAAAUCGGUUGAGGUGUGAACUGAAUCGCAAUACAUUUUUUGAACAGCAGGGGCCGCUAUUUUCACUUCAAAUCUAAACGUGGACAUGCUGAUAUUUCUUAAAUGCAAAAAAUCCAAGAAAAGCUCAGACAGUAUUAGUUUGUUUAUAUUAAAGAGACUUUUUUAUUAUUAAUUUGUUAUACAAUUGCAGUUUAGUUUUGUUAUUUGAAAUAAAACAUUAUUUUAUUAUACAAAGAAACGUGAAGCAUUUAAGAAAUAAUGCAAGGGAAGUUGUUCAUUUCUAAUUUGUUUCAACUCAUUUUGUAAAAAUAAAUCGUGAAUAAAUCGCAUCGUGAGAUCAGAAUCGUGACUCGCAUCGCAUCGUGAGCUGAGUGAAUCGUUACAUCCCUACUAAUGAGUAUUGCUGAGUAA